CAUCUCCCGGGAGGCGGCAGAAAGGGAAGGAAGGAAAGAAGGAGAGCGAGGCGGGGAAAGUCCUCCGGUGGCUCGCAGGACAGCCGUGGAACCCUGCUUCCCAACUUGACUCGUGGGCACUUUGAGAGGCAGUUUGCAAGGUCAGGGUGGCAGCAGCCGAUUCCUCAUCCUCCUCACUCACCUUCAGAGAAGAAGAGAAAAGAAGGAAGGAAGGAAGGAGAGAAGGAAGGAAGGGCUCUCUCCCUCCGCGCCCCUUCCUUCCUCGCCCCCAGGCCCCCGCCAUGCGGACGGCGCUCCUCCUGCUCCCCUGGACCCUCGCCUUGGCUCACUUCGUGGACACCGGGUUGGCGGCAUAUUUCUUCCAGCAGCCCAUGGACCAAGUGAUCGUAUCUGGACAGUCAGUGACGCUAGCCUGUGUGGUCAUGGGCUACCGCGGCAUGGUUCAGUGGACCAAGGAUGGACUAGCGUUGGGAGGAGAAAGAGACCUGCCUGGCUGGUCCCGAUAUUCCAUUGUUGGUGAUGCUUCUGCUGGACAGCAUAACCUGAGGAUAGACUAUGCGGAGCUGGAUGAUGAUGCCGUUUAUGAAUGCCAAGCCACGCAGGCCGCACUACGAUCCCAACGGGCCAAGCUUACCGUGCUUAUUCCUCCCAACGAUCCUGAGAUCCACAACGGUCCAGUCGUCCAUGUGAUCUCCAACAUUCCCUACAACCUUUCUUGUCGCGCUGCCGGUGCCAAGCCAGCUGCUGAGAUCAACUGGUACCGUGAAGGGCAGCGGCAAGACUCUGCUGUGUAUUCUAAGGCCUUGAUGGAUGACGGCAAGCGAGAAGUGGCUGUCAGCACCCUUCUCCUGACCCCAAGCAGCCGGGAUAUGGGCAGCUCCUUUACGUGCCGAGUGAGCAACCCAGCAGCCCCAGCUGGAAAGCAGACCACAGUCACUCUCAAUGUGCAAUAUCCGCCUGUUGUAAUCCUGUCUGUGCAACCACAAACUGUUCCUGAGGGUGGCAAAGUGAGCUUCCUCUGCACGGCCACCUCCAACCCUGAAGUGACUGGAUACAGGUGGGCCAAGGGAGGUGUGCCAAUCUCAGAGGCCAAUGGUGAUAGCUAUGAGGCAACAGUUGACCAGUCCUUCUUCACCGAGCCUGUGUCAUGUGAGGUGUCGAACUCUGUGGGCAGCACCAACGUCAGUACGCUGGUAGAUGUGCAUUUUGGACCUCGCCUUGUCUCUCAACCCAAGCCUUUAACUGUAGAUGUUGGCUCAGAUGCGUCUUUCACUUGUACCUGGACUGGGAAUCCACCUCUUACAUUGGCCUGGACGAAAAAGGGAUCUAGUGUUCAGGUGCUGAGCAACAGCAACACAUUGCACCUCAAAGGAGUAACACAGGAGGAUGCCGGCAUUUACGUCUGCAAAGCCAUCGUGCCACGCAUCGGAGUGGCUGAGAAGGAGGUGGCAUUGGCUGUGAACGGUCCUCCCAUCAUCAGUGCAGGGCCCAGCCAGCAGACCACGGUGGGUGCCAAGGCACGGCUGGAGUGCUUGGUGGGAAGCAGUCCUCCUCCUGACCGGAUUGCAUGGGCAUGGGGAGAACGAGUCCUGGAUGCCGGCUCCUUGGACCGUUUCACAGUGGACACCGUGGUGACGGACCAAGGGGUGCUCUCGGCUUUGCUGAUCGACCCGACGCAUGACGACGAUUUUGCGCUCCCCUACAAUUGCACAGCUUGGAACCGCUUUGGUGCCCGCUCUGCCGCAGUCAGCCUGCACCGCCAAGAAGUCUGGUCGGUCAUGAUUUUGGGCGCCAUGUCGGCCUCCGGGGUUGCUGCUCUCCUGAUCCUGGUCGUCUUUGCCUCGCUCUGCUAUCGGCGCAAGCACUGCAGAAAAGCCCAGCUAUCUCCCGGGUCUGAAGCCAUCAUCCUUCAUCCCUGCAUGUGGACUCAUAGACAACGGAGAGAGCCAUUCAAUGCCUAUAUCUGUCCAUCUGUCUGUCCUGCAGCCAAGCGCGGAACACAGCUCUCCAAGGCAGACAUCUUAGUGCAGAUCACAACAACAGAGAGUAGUCCCAGCAGGCCAAGCGAGACGGAAGACGAUGGCAAGGAGCCCAUGGAUCCCACUAACGGUUACUACAAGGUCCGUGCGCAUGAAGAACCAUGUUUGGGGAGCAGCUUUUCUGAAUAUACUCCAGCCCCUCGGCCUUUGUUUGGGGCGACCUCUCUGUACCCUUCUACGGGACCAGUGCAACCCAAACUGUAUGAAUAUACUCACCGCUACACCUUGGGCACACCUGGUUCCCGCUCAGCCUACGACCCGCAUGACCGGCUUUUCCCCCAGGAAAGCAUGUACAGCGGGGCUUCCUACCUCACUGCGCCCUACAGCCGGGCUUUCACCAGUUAUGUCAAACCAAGCAACUAUGAGAAAGCGGAGAGCGGCUACGAGCAGUCCGACCAGGCCAGCAAGGCCUCUGGCUGCUCGCGCUUCUCCUAUACCUCCUUGUCGCAACAGUCUGACUAUGGGCGGCCGGCCCAGCAACGCAUGCAAACCCACGUAUGACUCGGACGUGGGCCCCGCCAAACACCUUUCGCCUUCAGAAGUGGGGAAGAACAGGGAACAGAGACUCACUUGGGUGUAUUGACUUUAAGUGGCCAGGUGAGAGACUUCAUAUCCUCGACCUCAUCCUGAGUGGAUGCCGUUUUGACCAUCGUGUUGGGAGAAAACGGCAAGGCACUAACCCAGAAAACAUGCCGUCUUCCAACUGGGUUCAAGUCCAUCUCUUGCUGAGACUAUGAUGAAACUGAUAGAAACUCUUUUUCUUCGUGUCAGCGCAUGAAAGUGGACUAAAAGUGGCAAAGAGCGUACUCGUCUGAAACUUGGAUUAUGGGGUACCUUGGGCUGUAAGGAGAGAAUCAGAGAGGUGGCCAGUGUUGGUAGUCAGGAUGAUGGGAAGCGUCGGCAUAAAGAAGCCAAUGGGCACUCGAUAUAGUGCUCGAUAUGGUGCUCCAACCACCUCUGAGGUGGUACAAUGUGAUACUUGUUAUUGGUUCCCCCAUAGCGUUGCCCCGAGGCUAGUCUCCUGCCGCAAAGGCAAAACUACCCUAAUAUCGCAUGAUCCUGGGAAAUCUCUAAGCAUGGGCGCUAGUGCUUGCAUUUUAAUUUUUCCUGGCUUGAUGCUGUGGUUUUAAAUGAUUCCUUCUUUCCUCCUUUUUAGUAGGGAUACUUCUGGAUGGAUACAAAUAUGACUAGAUCCCCCAUUAAUAACAGUAAUAAUUAUAAUAAUAUAAAACGAAACGAGUGGCACACCGCUUUCUAAUGGAAAGGGACUUGCACCACACAAAGCUGAUCAGGAGGUGGCAUCCGUGUUCAAUAUUUACGCCACUCGAAGACCCCAAAGGACUCCUCCGGUGCCACUGUUCAGAUGAAAGGAUUAUUCCGAGGACUAAAAUCCAAUUUUUAAAAAACCUAAGGGCAGAGCAUGGGAGAAAACAAGGAGCCAAAAACUGAUGAGAUCAGGUUAUUUCAUUUGUGCGUGUCCAUGUGUGCAUUGGAUUUUUUUUUUAAUCAUAAGUUAUUCCUUGUUAUUACUUUUUUUUUUUGCCUUAAGUAUAUUUCUCUGCUGUUGGAUGUUUUUGACAUGUUUGCUUUGAUAUUUCCAGAAUCACUGGGGUGGGUUUAGUUUUUGCUUGGGGGUUUGUUUGUUUUGGGAUUUUUAAACUUUUUCUCUUUUUUUGCUUUUUUAGCAUCUUUUUUAAAGGAUGGGAUUUUACUUUGGCACACAAAGAACAUGCCUGUUUUGAGGGUGUGGUGCUUUCUGUAAGAUGAGGGAGAAAUUGUAAAUGGAUUGCCUACUGGAGAAUUCAAAUAUUUAUAUUUACUUUGAAAAAGUGGAAGAAGAAUGUCGCUUGGUUAUUUCAAAUGGAAGAAAAGCAAAAAACAUAAAAGGCAUAAUUCUAGAGUGUCAAGAAGCUGCCUUGUCCCAGAUCCGAGUCGGUUGAUGUUAUCCAGCCUUCUCCAAUGUCAUGCAUUUCAUCUCCUGCAAAUAUACAUGACUAAUGGUUGGGCUGAAGAAAGCUGGAUCACAAAAUGUUUGGACAAUUCCAGUUUCUCAAAACCUGAUAUAAUCCAUUACUGUGCACUCUGGUUUGCAGCACAUUUGAGACCAACUGAGGGAAAGAAGUUGUGGCAUAAACUUUGCUUUUCUUGUUA